GCAAACCCCUGCUGGGUGGUGUGUCUUGCUUGCGCGCACAUAAUCGGUGCUGUUCGAAGUCUCCGGUUAUUCCUAACUCAAGCGCCCUUUUUGGUAGGAGCCAAGGAAGGGCGGAAAUGAAGGACAACACUAUGGGCAGCUUGGAGGCUCCUGGAGGACCAUCUCAACUCCAAUUGGCCGCCGUGAAGCCUUCCUCCUUGACGACGACAACACCACCUGCGCCACCCCGGACAUUUUCGGCCUCAACACUUACCGUGCAGCCGGAAGCGGGAACCAGUCAGGCCGGGAAAUGGAACACCAAGAACCUCGCCUUGCGACUCGGUGCCGACGCCAUCAGCGCCGCCUCGGCCGCCGUGCUCAUCGCCCCCAUAAUAUCCAUCAUUGACCGGUCCAUAAUGGAGAACGCCUCAGGCCGCCGCUCCCUCGUCGCCUCGCUCAAGUCCUCCUUCCGAUCCCUCCUCCUCCAACCGCACCGCACCAUCCUCUCCAAGCCCUUCGCGCUCAUCUUCGCCCUCUACGGCGGCACCUACCUGACCGCCAACGCCCUCGACACAGCGACCUCCACCGUUCGCUCGCUCCCCGCGACCCACGUCACCUCGGGCACCGCCAAGUUCGCCGCCUCUUCCGCCGCCAACAUCGGGCUGUGCAUCUACAAGGACCAGGUGUUUGUGCGCCUGUUCGGCCCGCCGGGCAUCACCCCGCGGCCCGUCACCCUGCCGAGCUACAUGCUGUUUGCGGCGCGGGACUGCCUGACCAUCUUUGCGUCGUUCAACGUGCCGCCGCUGCUGGGCCCCGUGCUGUCGCGCCGGGUGGGCGACGAGGUGCAGCGGUACGUGUCGGGCCUGACCAUGGCGCAGUUUGCUGCCCCUGCCGCGGUGCAGUUGGUCAGCACGCCGGUGCAUUUGCUGGGCUUGGAUAUCUAUAACCGGCCCGGGAUAGAGGGGUGGAGGGAGAGGUGGCGGGCGGUGCGCAAGAACUGGGCCGUGAGUACGGCUGCGCGGAUAUGUCGCAUCGUGCCGGCUUUCGGUGUUGGAGGCGUGGUCAACCUUAAAGUGAGAAGGAGCUUGAUGGAGAGGUUGGUCUGAGAACCUGUGUUGGUUCUUCGUUUAUUGUUUACUCAUUCUCUGUAUAUGCUUGUCAGCUGGUGUUAUGUUUGUUCUCUAAUCCGGCGGGCGUUUGGGCAGGCGGUUUGAGUGUUUCAUCGACGUUGAUACCACUGGGUCGCGAGAUGGACGUGUUCUGGUAGACCAUCU